UUCACAUACAUAUGGUUGAUUUAGUUAGAAACCUACAAUUCAUAUGUUAAUGAAACGAUAUGGAGCUUAUUUCUUUUUUCUUUGUAUUGACCUUGCAAGUUAGCUUUUCAUUGACAACUGGGUUAAUUAAUGGACUUGGGAUUUGCUUGUACAACGCGAAAACACGAGGAUGUUGCAAAAAUUAUAAAGAAGUGGAUGGCUCUUGUGAGAGGGAAACUGGACUCUAUGAUGGACAAGGAGUUUGCAAGGAUUUCAGUGGAAAUAUGAGAUGUUGCACAAACUAUCAAGAAAAGGAAAAUCACUGCAAACGUAAGUGGAUUUUAGUUUUUGUAGUUAAUGAAAAAGAAAUAAAAAGUAUUCUAAGUAUUCCUAUUAUUUUUGUAUGUUACUGAUUUUUUAAACAUAAAAUCGAAUUCAAAAUGAAAUCUUAAAUUUAAGAGGUAAAAUCAAUGGAUCUCGGCCAAAUAUUAUUACUCAUAAGACAUUGUAAAUUAAGUCACUGUUCAUGCGUUUUCGUACAUGCGUUUGCUUACAA